UUUCGUUUUGACAUUUUGCUUGUCGUGUAGAAAAAUGUUACAAAAUUAUUGAACAGAGAAAUUUUAAAAAAAAUUGUUUUAUUCAAAGUCCACCAAAGUGCAUCGCAACAAAAUGCGUAAACAGCAAUCAGCCCCUCUUUCGCAAGGAGAACCCACCCAGAAGAUACCGAAUUUUGCCCAGUUAACUCCCUACGAUGUAAUGCGAAUGCAAAACUGCAAAGGCUACAAAUUUCGAAAGAGUGAAAUGUAUCCAAGCAUCAGGCCGCCAGUAUCCCAGUGUAAUCCCAACAAAACGAUUGCUUGGUUUUCAAAAACGAUGGAUGCUAACGGCUGUGGAUGCGUGGAUCCUCAAUUGUUGAAUCGAAAAUAUCAAAGUUCAACUGUGGAAAAAGCAGAGCUCGUGUCGAAAAAUGUUUUAACUAGCAGAGGCAAAAAUAUGUUUCACCUAUGCAAAAUGAACAAUCAGCGAAGAGAGCACGAACAAAAUACCCCCGAAAGGCGUAUCAAUAAUAUGCUUGACUGGAGCAAAGUGACACCUUACGAUUUCAUGCGAAUGCAGAACUGCAAGACGUUCAAGGUUCUCAAGUGCGAGACUUAUCCCAGCAUCAAGCCGCCAAUAUCCCAGUGCAGUACUGCGCAGACAGCUGAGUGGUUAGCCGAUGUGGUUGAGGACGCUGGCUGCGGACGAUACUUUGAUAUGGAGCAGGACGAUGUCAUGGACGUCUGGAAAGAAAGCCCAAAUAAGCAGACGCUGAGCUACUACGGGGUGGCCUCGGCCAUGCCCCAACCGGAGGCAGCCUUGUUCAACCGGGUGAUCGCAAAAUCUCUCGAAAAGGCAACCGCAGUGAAGCCUGCAUCGCGCAAGCCCGAGGCCACAAAGCCGCAGAUCAUGCCAUAUACCUCAUGGCCCUGUGGGAAAUUUGUGCUCAAUCGUCAGUUGCUGCAGGCAAAAGUCACCAAAAUGCCUACAGUACAAAGAAAACUGGCUCCAACCGAGGCAUUCACCAUGCUGCACUGCCCCCAUCCGACAGAAACUGAGCACCCGUUUCUCGAAAGCCAACCCAAAGUUCCGUUAACAAGUUCCCUCGAUAUGGACCGACCUGUUCCAAGGCCCAAGCACGGUCUUAGGCGCAAACACAAAUAUUGCGAAUUGCAAUGUCAUAUUCCCGAGAAUAAAUGCACGGACUAUGAAUGGAGAAAAUACAAACAAGAUGCCAAGCCCAUUGAUGAGGCCUUUGCGAAGGAGAUGGAAGAGAUGGAGAAAGGAGAACCCGAGCCUAGAAACUACGAUGAGCUAUACUCACACCUAGUGACAUGCUUUGAAACUGAGGACAAGGACAAGGACAAGGACCCACUGUGUGAUUAUUAUGAAAAGUGCUGUAUCCCACCCCCGAAAUAUGCUCCGGAGGUUCCCAGUGGUCAAGGAGGCUCGCGUGUACCCGAAAGAGGUGUUCACCGUCGCCCUCCCCAAGUCGGUCGCCCCCCACAUGAUGUUGGUCCUGAAAAACCAGUGGGGCCUGAGCCACAAAUACCCAAACCACCCUCGAUAGUGGGCGGUGAAACUGGCGAUGGAACGCAGCCAGAGCCUCAAAAAGACAAGCCAGUUAAAGAAAAACCAGCCAAGGAAAAACCAAUCAAAGAAAAACCAGUCAAAGAAAAACCUAUUAAAGAAAAACCCGUCGAAGAUAAAGAGGAAAUCCCAAAAAAAGAAAAACCAGUUAAGGAAAAACCUGCCGAAAAGCCUGUUGACACCUCGGAAGCAGACCUCCCCCCUGCAGAAAAGAAACCCGAUAGAGAUGGAAGGUCACAGAGGCCAGAAAAACCUUUAAAAAAACGACCUCCCCUAAAAUCGCCCGAAAUAGUACCUGAAGAAGGGCCGCCACCAGAACCCGUUCCAAGUGAAAGCCCUAUGCCUGAAAUGCCUAAUCAGCCGAGAUGGCCUAGAAGACAAACUGAAUUAAGAAAACCACCCAAAAAGCACCCAAAACGUCCUAAAAAACCCAAACUUGCUGCACCACCUGCCCCUACAGAUCCGUGUGAGCCGGCCAAAGACUGUCCCUGUGAAAUUUGCGAAUUCAUGAAACGGCGACAGAAGGAGUCGGACACCCCACUAAUUCGUCAACUAAAGCAGGAAGAGAAGCGGCGGCAGCUGCGGGAUUACUACAAACGGAUGUGCCAUCGCGAAUAUCUCAAAUGGCGGAAGCCCGAGUACCGCGCUCCCCAGCACAAGUGCGAUGGCAUUGUGUGCGACAAUAUCUUCUGUCGGAACCCCAAAUUAGGGGAGUACUGCGAGUGCUUGGAUGCCAUGCAGAAGCUGCAAAAGUUGCUUGGGCCCAAACAUCGUAUUGUGAAGAAUGAGCUGAUAUUCAAUGUAGAGGAUCUGAGGCGUCGCAUAUGUAGGCGUUUUUGUGACUGCCUUUAGAGAUCAUCCUCAAUGAAAGAAUAUGCAUAGGCAAUUUGUGCCUGUCUAAGAAGUGGGUGUCUAGCAGAAUUGCGCAGAAUUGCGAACUGGAGUAACUUAGAUAUUUUCUUGGUGUUAACUUGAAAGUGUGCCUGAUAUGUUUCGAUCCCAUUGAGUAAAUAUGCAUGUUGUUUUCCUUUUGCCAAAAAACCCAUA